AUGAAUUCGCAAACAUCCGUGGUUCAUUGCUCGGAUAAUCCAUCUACGUCAUACUUUGAGAAUAUUUUGCCAAGUUUUCUGAGUGAUAAUGAUAAAUUCGAAGAAAAUUGUUUGGUUUGUCUUAGACCGGCUAAUGGAAAACAUUAUAAUGUAAGUUCAAUAAUUUAUUUCAAUUAUUAAAAUACCAAUGAUGAAGAAACUGAUUUUAGGUUCCUUGUUGUCACGGUUGCAAAUCAUUUUUUCGUCGUGCUAUUACAUUUGAUUUAAUUUUCAAACCUUGCUUUAACGAUAAAAAAUGUUACACAGGUGCAAAAAAUUUGGAAGAAAUCAAAAAAUGUCGUUGGUGUCGAUAUCAAAAAUGUUUCGAUGUUGGAAUGAUUCCACAAUUUAGUACGAAACGAAAAUGUUUGGAUUCGGUUGAAAAAGUUACAGAAAAUACAUUAACGUUAAUUAAGCCAAUUGAGGUAUUGUUAUGAUGAAAAAAUAAAUAACUUUGUUUUCCUAAUUUCAGAUCAAAGACCCCUUUCUCAUUAUAAAAAUGAUGUUUGAAAAUCUCUCAAAUAUCGACUCAAAAAUCGAAAAACUUCAAAUUUCAACAUACAAUCCAAUAAUAAUUCCUCAACUAGAUGAUCUGGUCAAAGAUCCAUGCAAACUUGAUCUUGCAACAAAAAUGAAGGUACGUAAAAAAUUUCGAGAAAGAAUUCAUAUUCAUUUUCAGCCCAUGUCUGGUUGGCCGCUAACACAAUUAGAAUAUCUUGAAAAACAUAAAAUGUUGAGAGCCAAACAACUUUUGAUUGAAUCUGGAGAUUUAUCACCUACGGACAAUUUGACGGACAUCAAUGUGUGAGUUGAAAAAAAUCCUUACUAAAAAUAUGCGUAUUUUUAGAAAAGAUUGGUUACCAUUUGAUAUUAUGAUGGCUAUUGAAAAUAUAAAAACAUUUGAUUUCUUUAAUGAUCUUACAAUCGAAGAUCGAAUAAUUCUCAUCCGUGCAACUGCGGUUAUGUCAAUGACAAUAUCAAUCGUGUAUUUUUCAUUCAAAUCAAAAAAAGAAUGUUACAUAAAACCAGAUGGUUGUUACGUUGGUGGAGCAUCAAAAAACUUAGUACUCAAUACCAUUUUAUCGUCUUCAAUGUGAGUUAUUUUCUUUCAAUAAAACCAUUUUUCAUGGUUUUACAGCAAUAAAAACGAUAUACAGAAGAAGUGGAAAAAUGGUGCAACAAUAAUAUCAUAUUUCCAACGGGAUCAACUAACUUUCACCGAGUUUUUAUUUAUAAGAGCCUUGAUAAUUUGCAAUCCUGUUCUGGAAUUAUCACAAAAUGCGCGAAAUAUUCUAGAAAAGGAACGAGAUAAAUAUUCAAAGGCAUUAUUCAAUCAUUGUCUUUUUGAGCAUGGUAAAAAUGGACCACUUCGAUUUUCAAAUUUUUUACACUAUAAUGGAAUAUUCGAGAAUCAUAAGAGCGAUUUACAAGAUUUUAUGAGAAUGAAUCAAAUAUUAUAUCCAAUCCCAGUUCCAAAAUCUCGAAAAACAUUUGUCAAUCAAGUGUUAUGUCUAGAUCUAAGAUAA